UCUAGUCUACCUCUGUGUUGCCUUGCUAAAGCUGUACCAAAUUUUUCAUUUACUUUGUUCGUUUGGCGUCAUAGUCGUUACAUACAAUUUUUGUUGUAAGAUUACGGUGUUAUCGAACUUGAAGAUUAUUGGCUUCUAAGUAGUUGUUUAUCAUUACGAUUUGCUAAUAUUUUAUUUAAUAGGGUAAAUGGCUGCACCACAAAUCAAAGCUCCUUCAAAUAUAUCAGGUCCUGCCGGCGGACAUGGAUGGCCUAGACGAGGCGGCGGUCCAACAUCUCAGACAACAGCUCAGUUCAAUGAGUCAAAAUACCCAACAUCGUCAGCAUUGACGAUAAAUCGUCCGAUCAAUUUGUACCCCUUAACCAAUUACACAUUUGGAACUAAGGAACCUUUAUUUGAGAAAGAUCCAUCAGUUCCUGCUAGAUUUCAACGUAUGAGAGAAGAAUUUGACAAGAUUGGGAUGCGACGGAGUGUGGAAGGGGUUUUAUUGGUUCAUGAGCACGGCCUGCCUCAUGUAUUACUUCUACAACUUGGAACCACGUUUUUCAAAUUGCCGGGCGGUGAACUCAAUCCUGGGGAAGAUGAAGUUGAAGGUCUGAAAAGGCUACUGACUGAGACGUUGGGGAGACAAGACGGCGUGAAGCAGGAUUGGACGGUAGAGGACACCAUUGGCAACUGGUGGCGGCCUAACUUUGAGCCUCCUCAGUAUCCAUAUGUUCCUCCCCACAUUACCAAACCCAAGGAGCACAAGCGCCUCUUUCUUGUUCAGCUGGCAGAAAAAGCUUUUCCUGAUGGAGAACGGGGAGAGCAUAAUUCUGAACUCCGUUUUUCGAGCUCUACAAAUAUUAUGUAUUUAACUAAAACUAAGUUCAUGUGCUUUCCUUUUGGUUGAUAGUUUUUUAAGGCAAAAGAAGGCAUGAAGCCUAUGAUUGUCAUUUUGUUAACUGUGUAGUCACUGCUGCUGUAAGUUAACUUUGUGGUCACUGUUACUGUGAGUGAACUGUGUAGUCACUACUGGUGUAAGUGAGCUCUGAACAUCUUGUUACAUAUCAGUCAGAUGGAAGACGUUCUCUUGUAAAUUACUUCAGUUUGAAAGAACAAUUCGAUUGUAAGAACAGACCUGAAAUUAAAUUAUGCGUCUAAUUGCCUACAUUGUAAUUGUAAUAUAGGUAUCUGAUAAAAUUCAGGUUGCACCUGGAACAUAAUUGAUUUAAGUUUAUUUCCUUUAUGCAAUGAUUGUUACAACCAUAACUUGGCCAGCUCUCUUAUUCAUUUAAUAUUUUACUUUUGUACUAACCUGGCUAUUUUAAAAUAUGUGAUCUUACUUCCUUCUUCCUUCAUUAUCUAAAUAUUAUGAAAAUAUCAGCUGUCACUUCUCUAGACAUUGUCCUAUAAUGUUCACAUUGUAUUUAUUUAAUCUGAAAACAAUAUUUUGAAGCGUUUCAUGUCAUCUAUAAAUUUAUUCUUCAAUCAUAGAAACAAAUUAAUUAAAUUAACUCUAAGUUUAAUGGAAUCAUGUUGUAUGUAUUAGCACUCAAAUAUUGUACUUAGCAAUUAAUGUUUCUCUGAUAUAUUUUUUAGUGAGACAAAUGGCUGUCGGAGAGUAAGUGGUAAUAAUUGUUUUUCAUUCUUACAAAUUAUUGUCUUUUACCUCACAAUAUUAUUUAUAAAAAUAUUGUAUGUAAAUAUUCAUCAACAGUUUGUUGUGUAGCUUCAAAUUUAGUUAUUUGUUAAAUCUGCGUGUCUACAGCAAGGUUGCACAUGAGCUUAGUUUGGUUCCUAGCAAGAAUGUAAAACUUUGGUUGUCAUCGCAGAUACGUCGCAGAAGAUUGUUACAUUUCUCGACUUUAUUUUGUUUGCUUGUAUUCUUUUGUUACUUGUUAAUUUCAAAGCGGUCAUUCAUGUCAGACACUCUUAUAAUUUUGUCUUUGUAUUCAUCUAUAUGAACCUUCAUUCAAUGCAAUGUUUAAAUAUAGUAUUAGAUACAUUCAUAUCAUUAUCUGUAGGGUGUCCAGUGAAUUGCAGCUGUGAUAAUAGGCUAUGCUUUACAAGUAUUAACGUUUUGUCAACCAGUUUUGUAUCAAAAUGUUUUUCAGACACUUAUUUUCUAUAAUUUGAUAAUUUUGUUAAAUUAAGAUUUGAAUGUGAUUUACAGUUUUGUUUAUAAUACAAAUGUUGUAGAUAUCUGAAUCCUUAUAUUGCAUGAACACUCUACAUAAUGAAUCUAUGCAUUUACGUCUAUUCUUUGAUCUUAACUGCACAGAUAUUUUUCACUUGUUUUAAAUAACAGCCAGGAUUAACCCUCUCCCAGUCGAUUUACAGCAAUGCGCUACUGGGCUGAUUUGAUUAGGCCGUUCCGUCCUGGGAGAAAACACUCGUGUUUUUAUUAACAACUCUUUUUGAACAAAACUGUUCCAUAUUGUGCAUCAUUGUAAAUGUUAUAAUAUAUAGUGAUAUUAGAAAAAUUAUUAAACCUAUAAGGUAAACGUACAAGAAAUGUUUGUUUAUACCGUUAUAUUAAAAUAAGACUACAUGUAUUCAGCUGCAGGAACUUACACACAGGUCUAAUAAUUUUAUAAACUAGCAAAAUAAUUUAGAAGAAAUUUGGAUGAAAAACAGCUAAAUCACUGUCAAUAAAGAGAUGGGUAAAACGUUUCAUAUAUUAGUCCUAGAUAGUAUCAUUAGACUUAAAAACAUGCAGUGAAUGACAACAGUACUGUCUAUAGAUAUUUCCAUUAGCAGUUCCAAAAGUAGCUGUAUGAUGUCAAUACAAAACAGGGAGCAAAGAUAAAGCAGUUGGUGGUGAUUGAAUGUUCCGUCAGGCUCCCCGCCAUGGUGAUUCGUGGUGAUUGCCCGGGAGAGGGUUAAUAGUAUAUUGGAAUAAAUUAUUUGCUAGGAUAUGAAAUAAAAUAAAAUUUAUCUGUAACCCAGUUACUACACGUAUUGAGAAUUUGCUGAUGUAUUAUUUGAAAACUUCAGAAGUAAUUUUAAAUAGCAUUAAACGUUACUAAAUCAAAAUUAUCAACAGGACAAGAAUUUUUUGUAUUGUAUAUAACUGUCUCUAUCGUUAUGUUUAUUGAAGAACUUUAAGUGAUUUCCGUGUACUCACAAAUCGUAAAUUAUUAUUUGUUGUAUUGUUUAACAAGCUUUCAUAUAUGUUGAGGUGUGUUGAGAUAUUAACUAUUUUGUUAUUUGUAAUGUUUUGAUCUGAAUUUGGUUUUUAUUAAUGUUAUGUUUAUUUUAUUUUGAAUGUAUAACUCAUAGAAUCUCUACCCUAGAUUUACAAUGACAAUUUGUUAUAUUUUAAUACUGCCUGAAACACUUCAGUACAAAAACAGUUUUUCAUACAGUAGAUUCCUGACUAUUUGAGCUUACAUGUUAAUAUAAAAAAACUCACUUAAGAUCGGUAUGUAUGAUAUUUAUUAGUGUCUUAAAUUUUAAAUAGUACAGAAUUCUAGUUUGUUCCCAAAUUUGACAGGAGUUUUAAAUUCGUGUUCAUUAUUUUGUUGAGUCUAUUAGCACUGGCAAAGCGGACAUGUAAAAAUGUACAAUAUUAACUAGAUGUGAUACAACAGGGUGUGAGACCAGGACAGUGUUACAUGUUCAUGAAGCAAGUGUUAUAUGUGGUCCGAAAGGGGCUACCAUAAUUAUUGUAAAAUAAUACGAACAUUUGUUUUGUUUUGUUCGUUAUAAUAUUGAAAUGUAGCCAAUUUAAUUAUUGCUGUGGGAGUUUGAGUUUUAAACGUGUUUAGUAUGUGUGCAAGUUAUAUCAGUGUAUAUUAUAUUGAAAUUGUGUUGUUUUAUGACUCACGAUUAUUAAACAUGAAUGAAUUGUUGUUUCUCACAAGUAAACAUCUCAAUCAUGGUAGCAUUAGCUAAGUCUACAUGAUAGUACACGACAUAACUUGGUGGAAAAUAACAAAAGGUUAAAGUGGAAAUAAACUAAAAAAAUAGUUUUAAACUUGUUUUUUAAUUUUAAAAAUUACUUUGCUUUAUUUUGAGGUUGAAUGUUUACUCUUGUUUACAGAGUUCAGAAAUGGUAGUAAAUAAUCUUCUGCUAAAAUUGUUUAGACAACUAUUUUAGUUUUCUAACCUUUCUCAGGUUUAAUUAUAUUGCGUAUUAUUUUUUGUAUCAGCUAAGGUUUUAUAUCCAAGGUUCUCUUCAUAUUUAUCUCAGAUAACAGGACUCUACUGUAUUGGAUAUUUAAAAUGUUACUACACCAUAUUGACGCUAAAAACCAGGUUUAUAUUUUGUAAUUGUUGAUAUUAAAAUGUCUAAAUUAAUUAUGGAUUAUGUCACAGUAAUUAUUAUCUGAGGUUUUGUUAGCUCAGAAAUAUUUAGUAAGGGAUGUUUCAACUUUCAAACAGGGAUAUUCUGAUUGUAAUCGGUCAAAUAAAAAGAAUUCCAGGAUAGCUUGACUUGAGGGCAAUGUAAGUAGUUUUUUGUUUUUUUUUGUUUUUUUUUUCAGUGAAAUAAAACAUUUCAGCUAUGGGGGUUUAAUCCUACUCUGACCUAUUACUGGUGUCAAUAAUGAACAAGGGGGUAAGAAAUUACAGAAAAUUUAGUUAACCCUUUGAAUGCCAAUGUCUGAUUUUUACCGGACGUCAAAAGUUGGCCGAAAAGUGCUAACGACCGAUUUUACCGUAUGUCCGGGGGAAAAAAUCACUAAAAAUCAAAAUCUUUACAUUUUUAAACUAAUAUCAAAUUAAAUUGUUCGUUAAGAACUGUUAUUUUCAAAAUAAAUUGUUAUAGUACACUUCCGAUCAAUUGACUAAAAAAAUCAUUCUUCUCACGUAUAAACAUUUGUGGUUGGUUUUUGGUAUAAACACAUGGCUACCAGAAACAAUGUGACAUUAGUUUCUUAAAAGUUGUAUGACUCACUUAUUAUUGAACAUAAUGAUAUACAUUUUUCAAGAUUUAUAGACAAUUGAAUACCCUUUCCAGUGAUAUGGACCAAGAAAAGAUAUGGAUUUUUUGGUAAUGAUAAUUUGGUUGAAAAGUAAAAUUUAAAUAAAUUCUGGACUUUUUGUAGGCAAGUCCAUUUUUUGUAUUCCUAAAUUUAAUUUUAUACUAACUUUGUUAUUUUAUGUUAAUUAGGCAGAGUUUUCUGUGAAAAAUUAUAAAAAAUAUGAUUAUAGCUUGUUAAAUAGUCAAACUGUAAAUCUUUUUACUGAAACCUUGCAAAAUGCAUUCUGAAGGGCUGGCAGUUUUAGGUGCACCUACUAGAAAAAUACCUGGCACUUAUCAGUACACCCACUCAAUAAAUACUUGGCACUUUAAAGGGUUAAAAUUAGCUCUGAAUUAACUAAUCUUAUAAUAAUUAAAUUUUGUUGACAGAUAAAUAAUACUACCCUAAUACAUUCACAUAAGAUUCAUCUAUUUACACAGCAUUAUAAUUUUAUAGUAAGUAUUAAGGCAAUGAAAUCAAUCUUCAAUAACAGGCUGGUUUUCGAUCAAAUUGUACUAAAUAUGGGUAAGGAAAUAAAAAGAAGUUUAUCGGACAAAAAUUAGGAAUUUCUUUUUUGGAUUUGUUAUAAUUGUUUAAAUAAGUAUUGUAUAUUGAAAUAAGUAAGUGUUUUCGUAGCCUAAAACUAUAAACUAACUCCAAAAACAAACAGCACUGAGGUAAAAAUACUAAUUUACACUUAAAACUCUCUUUGAGCAAUUUUUAUUCAACCAGGAAUUCUUUUUGUUUUUAAUUUGUUGUCUGUAUUCUUAAAUUUGAAGUCAAUUUUUAGUAUAUUCUUUUUUUUAUAUAUGAACUCUUCAAACUAUAUUUGAAUAAUUGUGAACCUUAACUUAGGAUGUCAGUACUUGUUUAUGUCUAAAUUAGGGAAAUAGGUUCAUUUGUAAAAUUAAUUGUGGCAUGAAUAAUAUAUGUGAAACUGAUAUAAUAAUGUACAGUUCUUUGUAUAUGUUAUGAAUCCAUGAGCUUUUCCUAAAAACAUCUGUUGUUUAUAAUCGAAACAUUGUUAUAAGUCUGUUGUACAAAGCAUUUAGGGUCAUCAUAGUUAAGUUAGGUACAAAAUUUUAUUAACUGGGUCUAAGUACAAACUGUUAUUUUGUUCAAUAACAAAAAAAUAGGAAAUAAGUGCAUUUAAAACCAAUUCACUCAUUUAAUACAGUUUGAAAUAUAACCCAAUUAAAAUUGUAUUAUUUGUUGUGUGUUUUUAACGUAAUACAAAUGCAAUUUUAGUACUGUUUAGAAUAUUUACAUAUUUAUUGGUUGCAUUUCUAAUAUUAACAAAAUUAACUUAAAAAAUACAAUACCAAAUAUUUGAUAUAUUCAGUUUGCUUUAUGUAUUACAGCUCUUGAAAUAUAAAGAUGGAACUGUGUCUGUCGAGAUUAUUUUCUAUUUUGUAAUAAAAUAUUUUUUCAGUGGAAAUAUUAACCCUAGAUCUGUCUAACUUACAUUAAAUUGUUAAUGCUUAGGUUACUUAUUUUUUCUCUUAACCUAUCUGGGACUCAACCACACUUAGUUACCCUCCAUCUUCUUUCAUCUGUCUAUUCCAUGCUUGUUCACAUUUGAUUUAUAUAUUCUUUUACAAAUUACUACCCACAUUUCUAGUGGCCUUCUUGUUUCUGACUUUUAAAGUCCUAUUUCCUCUAAUAGUGAAAUUGUUUCUCUUCACAGGACACACAUUUCCAUGUCAUUAUCAUAUUGUAAAUGUCUGUGCCUAAUCGUUUAUGCAACACCAUAGAUCGUCUUAUUAAUAUUAUCUUGGAUUAAAAUACAUGUUGAACUAUGUAGUGCAAGUUAUCAAUGAGCGAUAAAGACUUGGAUGAUAAUAUUUAAUGCAGUCAUCCAACUUGUUAUCAAUCUGAAAUAUCUUAGCUGUACGUUGAUAUGAUACACACGUCUCUAUUUUCAGCAAUAUGCUAGUGUUGCAGCAUAGCAUCAUUGCAAACAAACAGUGCCUAAACAUAUUUUGGUGGAGUGUAAUCUGAAGGAAAUCAGAAUUUAAAGGAAAUCCUGUUAGGAGAUUUAUAUGAGUAAAAGUCAAAAAAAUCUUUAUUCGUUUUAGUUACAAUGCUGUAACAUUUGAAUAGUGUCAAUUUAAACUAACUAAAACACUAAUAUAAAAUAAGGCUAUAAUAAAAAUAAAAUUAAACUACCUGAUUUGCAAAUCAAAAUAUUCAUCUAAUGAAUAUAAAACCUUGUCCAUCAAGUAUGCUUUAAACUUUCUUUUAAAUAUUUUAUGUUCUGUUUCUUGUUUGAUAGCAAAUGGAAUGGAUUCAAGAAAUUUGGAUCCAAUGCAUGUUUUUUUUCUUGUGAAAAAAUUUAACCUAUGGCGAGAUAUUACAUGUAAUUUGAUAAAAAAUUAUUAAAAAUGCGACUACAAGGCGCAAUAUUUUAGUAAGAAAAUACUGUCUUUUAGUAAGAAAAUUAAGAUCAGUGCCUAAUUUUUUCAUCUAUUUUACCUCGUAUUCCUUAUUUAUAAUAACUUUUGAGUUAAAGGUUUUAAGUAUUAGAGUAAUUAAUUAAUCUAAAAUAGACCUCUUAUUUCUAAAACCAGUCAGAAAAUGAACUCACAGUAAAAAAGAAUGUACACACAUGUACAUUGAAAGAAUCAUUUAUAUUAAUAUAUAAAACUACACUGUAAUAAUAAAGCACUGUCAGACUAAUACAUUUACAGUAGUCUCUAUAGUUCGGCCCUGUGCCAGUCCGGUUCCCCCAGUAAUCCAAGUAAUGCCAGUAGACAAAGACUGUGGGGAUGCCUGUAUGGUCAUUGAGGUCACUGUGUGUGUUAAUGUUUGAGAGAGGGGGGGGAAAGAGCUAUUUGUCAUUGUAACUGUCGAUAUGCGAUCCCAGCUCAUAAAACGACAGUAUAUUUAACAGCACUGUGUUCCCAUAAAUGUAAUUUAAAAGUGUUUUUAAUUCCAGUAAUCCAGCUUUUUGACUAAUCCGACACAUGUCUGGUCUGAAUUGUGUCGGAUUAGUGAGGGACUAUUGUAUUUAACACGUUUUGCUUUAUAAUAUAACUUAAAUACAAGAAAUUAAAAAUAAAUACAUAAUAUCACAACAGUGUCAUUCAGCAAAGAUAUACAGGAAAUGGUAAACUAGUUUUGUCUUUUUCUUCUUCUUUGGGUAGUAGUAUCGCUACAGUUUCGUUACAACUGACAACAUAUAUAACAAAAUUUCUUGGACAUAGAUGUAUUAAUGUUUUGUAUCUUCCCCUUCAAGCAGAAUUAUUUUUAUUAAUACAACAAAACAAUUGCAUUUAAUGUUUUUCUCUAAAGGCUAAAAAAUGCUUCUAAUCCAUUUUACAAUGAGCCGUGUACAGGUGGUUUACAAGAAUUCUUGUAAAUAAACUAUUUCAUCAACCAUGAAAUGAUUAAUUUUGCUUCAUUUCUAGUCAUAGUGAUUGGUCAAAGACUUUAUUCAAGAUGUAUUUUGAGAUAUUCUUUGGCUUGAUCAGCACGAGUUUUGAACUAAUGAUCUAGUACAUUUUUUAAGUGCAUAUGGUGUGUAUUUUUUACACUUGUGGGAUUUAAAACAAAAUCUUACCAUUGCAUGCAAGCUCAAAAUGUGUAGUGGUGAGUAGGAACAAGAAAUCACAAUUUUUGGUUAUGUGCAUAUUCUGACUCCAUUUGACACUAUCAUGAGAUGAACAAUAAUGCCAGUAAUGUGUUGAAUAAAUCCCAUCAUGCCGUUUUAAUUCUAAGAUUUAUUUCAUUCACGUCAGUGUUGCACUAUGAUUGCUUGAACAUUGUACUAUUGCCAUUACAGUGGUCAGCCAGUAUUAGUACAAAUUACAGGUUCUUGAGUUAUCUGGCAUAGGUUUGAAUAUCCCAGAAUUUUUUGGUUGUCUGAGGCAAUCUUCUGGAAAUUUUUGUUUGUAAGACAUAUAUAAAUGAAUAUUAUUCCCUAAUACCCAAGAAUUUAUAUUUUUUUCAAUUUCUUGAGUACUUGAGACAUUUUUUGUAGAUUAAUAAACGUAAAAAUGUAUAAUUAAUGAUAAAAGUGUAAACAUAAUGCAUUAUGUUUUACUGUACUUUCCCCACAUUAAUAUUUGUACCUGUCAUUUUAUAUACUUUUGGAUUACUUUUUUGCGUAGUUACACUUUUAUAACAAAGUAAACCACUUUUAAUUGAGAUAUUGUGUAUGUAUUCAACUAUUUUUAUUUAUUACGUGAAAGGACAUUAUAUUUGUGGUUCAAUUUAUUCCUAUUAAGUAAUGUCUUUUAAAACUUUGUUCUAAAUCAAAAUGUAUUUUUUAAAUUGUUAUUGAAGUAAUAAAUAAAAAUAAAUGUGUAAAUGAGUAUUAUUUUUAAUAAAACACAUGUUAAGGCUCAUCUUUUAAAGUUUCCUCUGUUUAACUACUUACAUUUUAAUAUAGCGUACUGAAUAGAACGUUCUCUCUACUAAAUAUAUGUCACAUUUCAGAACAAAAUGUUACUGAUGUUAAAUGUUAUUAUAGUUUAAGAAAGACACAAUGUGUUGUCUGCUAUUUAAUAAAUUUUCUUAAUUUCUCGAAUAAAAUGAACUUAAGACUUAAGGACUUUUUAUUAAACUGGAUUGUUGUUCAUAAUAAAGUUAUGAUUUGUUAGUAUGUCAUCAGUUUCAAAUAAAGUUUACUAAAGUGGUUUCUUUGUCAGCCCCAUUAAUAUUUAAAUUCAUAAUAUUUUAUUAACAAAAAGCUUAGCUAUGUAUUAAAAAAAAUUAAAUCUCACAUUGUACUAUAUUUACAUAAGUUGCAGAUAAACUUUUUUCAAAUACACUAUAAGAGCCUAUUGUUGAUUAAUUUGUAAUAAUAUUAUAAUCUGUACAUUUGAUCAACUGAUUUAUGUAAUAAAGACUUUUAUUUGCAUAAUUUUUCCUUUUCUCCCUAAUAAUUUAAAUGUUUGAUCAAGAAUAAUGUACUAAACAAAAACUGUUUACAAAUUUUAAAGUAAGUGUCACAUUUUAUAAACAGGAAAAUUGUUUCCACGGUCUGUGUGCUAAAUGAAGUGAGCCGGAACACAGAAGCAUUGGGAGGGUAUAUGUGGGAAUGGGAUGAGACAAUCUCAUCUGUUGAGACAGCAUUUUAUAGUGAUUGUGCAAUGUGUCCUGCUUGGUGAGAACACUUUGCUAGAGUACUCAAAUUGAUUUAUCUUGCUUGAACACUCAGGAACACUUAAAAAGGCCACAGGUUAGCUAAUAUAUGUUUAUCUGGAGCUCUGCUUUUAACAUAGGACUAAAUUUUUAGUCGUUUAUAAAUAGGAACUUGUGUCAAAUCUAUGAAUGAUUUAUUUGAAAAAAUGCUAAUAAUUUUUAAAUAUAUGAUUAUUUGUUACAAUAAUAGUUUAUAAUAAUUUAUACCUAAUAUCAAGUUUUAUUUCCAAAAAAUCAUACAUUUAUUAACAAUUCAUUAGCAUUGACACAAAUGGAACUUUAUGGAGUGAAACAUGAUGUGUAGAUUUGAGAGUUCCUAUAAUAAAUUCUUAGAUUUAGCCCCAUGUUAAAAGAGCAAUGAACCUGUGUGCCCCUCUUAAUGUUUUUUCUGACUGUCUUGUCUGUCCAUUGAUAAUUUGUCAGAAAAUAAUGUCUUCUUAUGACAGUACAAACAAUAACACGGCUAAUAAUUUGUAUUUCACUUAUGAUUUGACUAGGAUUUUACAAUCAUCUUAAUCUUCCAUUAAGACAAAAUGUCCUUAACACUUCAAAACAGUCUCACCUUGGAAUUUGUGGUUUGUUUUAUUUUAUAAUUUCAUCCUCCUCUUAAACAUAUACUUGAGCACAAGGGAGUAUUUCAUUGUCGGAAUUGUUUAGUCAGUGAGGCGUAAUGUUUGACGUAUCUAAUCAUUAAUAUUAGACAAUAAUGCACUUCCUGAUAGGCAAUGUACCAUAUCUGACAUGGAUUUGAGUUUUGGUAUUCAAGAAAGCAUUGCAGUACAGGACUCUUUACCAUAUUUGUACUUGCCUAUACUUGUGUCAAUAGCCAGCUUUUUAUUCAUUACAACAGUUGUAAACUGAAUGAAUCUUUUAAUUUCCCAAGUUUCUAUUUAUUUAUACGAGUUAACUAUAAAAAACUUACUUUAUCCAGCUUUACGUUUUGUCAGCUUACAAUCAGCGUGUAUUUUAUCAUGAACUAUUGAUCGUGUAUGUAAACAGUGUAACAAUGUAUUGUUUUUACUUAAAAUGUACUAUUAAAUUGUUUUACAAUCAAA